AUGUCCCUAGUUUCCGAAAGGCCUUGCCAAGAAUAUCCCUUGGAUAUGAUACAAAGGGCUACCGAUAAUUUCGAUGAGUCAAACCUCAUCGGAAAAGGAGGUUUCGGAAAAGUAUACAAGGGUAUGCUUUAUUCGGGAUGGAAUAUGACUGUUGUGGCAGUUAAACGUUUGAAACCGGGAUCAAAACAAGGUGUUCAACAGUUCCACACAGAAAUCAAGAUGCUUUCCAUGUGCCGUCACUCUCACCUUGUGACCCUGAUGGGCUAUUGCAAGGAGAAUGAAGAGAUGAUCCUGGUGUAUGAAUAUAUGUCGCGUGGCAACCUUGCUGCUCAACUAUUCAAAUUUCCCAACUCCGGUUUGAGAUGGGAGCAACGCCUUAACAUAUGUAUUCAGGCUGCACGUGCGUUACAGUAUCUUCACACGGGACACUCGGAUAUGGUCAUUCAUCUUGAUGUAAAGUGUUCCAACAUUUUAUUAGAUGAGAACAUGAAUGCCAAAAUAUCCGAUUUGGGAUUAUCAACCAUUAUUCCUGCGAACCAGCGUGAAGCGCUAACAACUUUUGUUCAGGGUACUCGGGGAUACAUAGAUCCCCAUUACCGCAAAUCCAACAAAUGCUCAACACAAACAGAUGUAUAUGCUUUUGUUGUCGUACUAUUGGAACUAUUGACCGGGACACAUGUCACAAGUGGUAGGGUCAUCCCUGAUCCGGAUGUCACCCAUCUGGCCAAAUGGAUUCAACAACAGAUAAGUAAUGGAUCACUUAAUCAAAUCAUUGAUCAAAGUAUUGUGCAUGAAAUUGCUCCAAAUUGUAGAAAUAGUUUUGCAAAAAUCAUAAGUAAAUCUUUGCAAAUUGAUCCUAGCAAACGACCUUUGAUGUCCACUGUUGUGGCCCAGCUUGAAGAUGCAUUGGCAAUGCAAACAGGCACAAACCCAUCGUCUUCCCUAGUCGACGGUGAUCUUCAUGGAUAUUUUAAUAGAUUCGACACCACGGACACCAAUUCCGAUGAUCUCGAUGACCACUUUAAUCCAUUCAGCACGCACACCGCCUCCCAUGAUCCAGGUGAAGACUUCAAUAUAUUCAGCAUGCACGCCAAUGCCAAUGCCGAGACCUCAGACAAUCAUGAUAGUUUCAAUAUAUUCCGACUAACAAGCCGUUUGCGAACUCCUGUAACCGAUAACUGGAAAAGCAAAUGUGAGUUUAUGCUACACCAAAUAACAUUUCACACACUUGUAUUGUAUUUUCUUUGCACACGACAUUUCCAUAAGUAA